GGGCCCAGUGCUGUCCCCGCUGCCGCACCAUGUCCGAGACCGCGCCCGUAGCCGCUCCCGCCGUCUCCGCGCCCGGCGCCAAGGCCGCCGCCAAGAAGCCGAAGAAGGCGGCGAGCGGCUCCAAGGCCCGCAAGCCCGCGGGGCCCAGCGUCACCGAGCUGAUCACCAAGGCCGUGGCCGCCUCCAAGGAGCGCAAGGGGCUCUCGCUCGCCGCGCUCAAGAAGGCGCUGGCCGCCGGCGGCUACGAUGUGGAGAAGAACAACAGCCGCAUCAAGCUGGGGCUCAAGAGCCUCGUCAGCAAGGGCACCCUGGUGCAGACCAAGGGCACCGGCGCCUCCGGCUCUUUCAAGCUGAACAAGAAGCCGGGCGAGACAAAAGAAAAGGCGACUAAGAAGAAGCCGGCUGCCAAGCCCAAGAAGCCGGCGGCGAAGAAACCCGCCAGCGCCGCCAAGAAGCCCAAGAAGGCGGCGGCGGUGAAGAAGAGCCCCAAGAAGGCGAAGAAGCCGGCGGCUGCAGCGGCCAAGAAAGCGGCCAAGAGCCCCAAGAAAGCCGCCAAGGCCGGGCGCCCCAAGAAGGCAGCGAAGAGCCCGGCCAAGGCGAAGGCGGUGAAGCCCAAAGCGGCCAAGCCCAAGGCGGCCAAACCCAAAGCGGCCAAGGCGAAGAAGGCGGCGCCCAAAAAGAAGUAGAGCUGAAUGAGAGAAAUUGAGUCUGUCUACUCAUCUAAAUAAACCCAAAGGCUCUUUUAAGAGCCACCCA